AUGGCCGACUCGGGUGGUUGGAGUACAAUCGAAUCCGAUGAGGGCGUAUUCACAUCUCUCAUCGAGAACCUUGGAGUCCAAGACGUGCAAUUCGAAGAACUCAUCUCCCUCGAUGCCGACACAAUACGGUCCCUAGGUCCCGUCUACGGCGUGAUCUUCCUCUUCAAAUGGACCCACGAAGCAGCCGGCGCCCGCGCCGAAGCCCCACUAGACGGAACCUACGACCCCAGCGCAACAGAAAACAACGUCUUCUUCGCCGCCCAAACAAUCCAAAACGCCUGCGGCACGCAAGCCAUCCUCUCCGUAAUCCUAAACAACGACAACCCGCCCACCCCCCUCCACCCCAUAACCCUCGGCAACGAACUGCACUCCUUCAAAGAAUUCACAACGGGCUUCCCGCCCGAGCUCCGCGGCGAGGCGCUCUCGAACUCAGAGGCCAUCCGCACAGCGCACAACAGCUUUGCGCGCGCGAGCCCAUUCGCGGACGAGACGGCCCGCCCCGUUGACGAGGAGAACGCCGCGGACGUAUACCACUUUAUUGCGUAUACGUCUGUGAACGGCACACUUUACGAGCUGGAUGGCUUGCAGCCGCAUCCGAUCAGCCAUGGGGCCUGUGAUGGGGUGGCGUUCCCGGAUAAGGUUAUUGAGGUGCUGAGGAAGAGGAUUGAGAGGUAUCCGGCUGGCGAGACGCAUUUUAAUCUUAUGGCUGUUACGCGGGAUCCGAGGAUUGCGGCGAGGGAGAUUGGGGAUGCGGAGACGUUGGAGAGGGAGGAGAGGAAGAGGGGGGCUUGGGCUUGGGAGAAUACUUUGCGGAGGUGGAAUUUUGUUGGAUUUAUUGGGGAGAUGAUGAAGGGGGUGGUUGCGAUGAAGGAUGGGGAGGAUGCGGAGGGGAAGAAGUAUGAUGAGUGGGUGGAGAAGGCGCAGAAGGAGACGGUUAAGAGGGCGGAGAUGAGACGGUGA